AUGAAUUUCACCCAGCACCGUGGGACACUCCAGCCUCUCCAUUUCUGGAACCACAGCUACGGACUGCACGGAGGUGCCAGCGAGCCCAAUGCAAAGGGCCACUCCUCGGGAGGCUGCUACGAGCAACUCUUUGUAUCCCCCGAAGUGUUUGUGACUCUGGGCAUCAUCAGCUUGCUGGAGAACGUCUUGGUCAUUGUGGCAAUAGCCAAGAACAAGAACCUCCAUUCGCCCAUGUACUUCUUCAUCUGUAGCUUGGCAGUGGCUGACAUGCUAGUGAGUGUAUCUAAUGGAUCAGAAACUAUUGUCAUCACGCUGCUAAACAAUACAGACACAGAUGCACAGAGCUUUACCAUAAACAUUGACAAUGUCAUUGACUCAGUGAUUUGCAGUUCCUUGCUUGCAUCAAUUUGCAGUCUCCUCUCAAUAGCAGUGGACAGGUACUUUACUAUCUUUUAUGCCCUCCAGUACCAUAAUAUCAUGACGGUGAAACGUGUAGGGGUCAUCAUCACAUGCAUCUGGGCUGCUUGCACAGUCUCAGGCAUUUUGUUCAUCAUUUACUCUGACAGCAGUGUUGUCAUCAUCUGCCUUAUUAGCAUGUUCUUCACUAUGCUCAUUCUCAUGGCAUCCCUCUAUGUCCACAUGUUUAUGAUGGCUCGGAUGCAUAUCAAAAAGAUUGCUGUUCUUCCAGGGACUGGCCCUAUUCGCCAAGGGGCCAAUAUGAAAGGGGCCAUCACUCUCACCAUCCUGAUUGGAGUUUUUGUUGUGUGCUGGGCUCCAUUUUUCCUGCACCUGAUUUUCUACAUCUCCUGCCCCUACAACCCUUACUGCGUGUGCUUCAUGUCCCACUUUAACUUCUACCUCAUCCUCAUCAUGUGCAAUUCCAUCAUCGAUCCACUUAUCUAUGCAUUCCGGAGUCAGGAGCUCAGGAAAACAUUCAAGGAGAUUAUAUGCUGCUGUAGCCUGAGAGGGCUUUGUGAUUUGCCUGGCAAAUAUUAA